AGCUGACUGACUUCUGCUUUGGGUUCCGGUUGGUGCAAACAGUAGGCGUGCGGGGAGGGAGGGCUUAAACGCUGGACGAAAAGUUUUGUUUGCCUCGUUUGGACUGAAAGUUUUAAACUUACACUGCCUUUGAGGGAAAUCAUGAUAAGAUCUAGCACAAAUCUGCUGCUACUGCUCCCAGGAGUGUUUGGGCAAACUCUGAAGUAGCAGCCAGUUUUCGGUGUAAACUAUGGCCAACGAGAGUCAGACAGAGUUGUAUUUGUCAGAGCGGGUGGUGGUGUUGGGUACCUGCGCUCUGUCCUUCCUGGGCUCCUCUCUCAUCAUCCUCACACACAUUAUCUGGACGGACUUGAGGACCACCCCGCGGAGGCUGCUGGUGUUCCUCUCGGUGACCGACUGGCUGUCGGCCGUCUCCUACGCCGUCGGAGUCUGGAGUGUUUUCCGCACCGACUCGACCGAGUGCGUCGCUCAGGGAGCCAUAUCCACUUUCUCGAACACCAGCAGUUUCUUCUGGACCGUGUCCAUCGCCGUGUACCUCUACGUCUUCAUCGUCAGGUCUAGCCAGAGGGUCGCCGACAGCCUGGUAGUGUUCUUCCACCUGGUCAGCUGGGGCGUCCCUCUGGUCAUCACUGUCACCGCUGUGUGCCUCAACAAGAUAGGCUACGAUGCAUCAGAGGUGUCUGUGGGCUGGUGCUGGGUCAGGAUCGAGGCUCCGGAUCGGGUCCUGUGGAUGCUGCUGACUGGAAAGAUCUGGGAGUUCCUGGCCUACCUCACCCUUCCUGUGCUCUACAUCUUGAUCAAGAGGCAUAUCCACAGGGCGCAUGCGGCCCUGUCGGAAUAUCGUCCCAUCUUGGCCACCAGGCCUCCGUCGCAGUCCUUCUCCUCCAUGGCAGAUGUGAAGCUAACUCUCAUCCCCAUCAUCUUCAUCGUCCUGCGCAUCUGGAGCACGGUGCGCUUCAUCCUGCUGCUGGCUAACUCUCCGGUCAGACAGAACCCGGUGUUGGUCACGCUACACGGUAUCGGCAACACGUCUCAGGGAGCAGCCAACUGCAUCAUGUUUGUGUUCUUCACGCAGCCCAUCCGCUCUCGCCUCUGCACUGCGCUCUGUUGCUGCUGCUCCAGCUGUCGAGGCGAGGCGCCGCACCCGGACGGUGCCCCACAGCGGCACCAGGCGAGACGGGACUCGAGAGGAGAAGGAGAAGAAGAAGAAGAGAACGGUACCAGUGGAGUGCAGAGGGAAAGAUGAUACCCUCGCUCUGUGACCGGUGAAACCGGGCCGAACCGCUGAGGUGAAGGAAGCGGUUGAGCAGGAAGCCUUAUGAAAGCGAGGGAUGGAGAAUGCUGCAGACGCAUCGUCUAGGUUACAUACUUGCACUUUUCACUUUUGGUUCUUCCACUAUGUUUCUUGAGUCUGUUACACCAAAUGAACGACAAUGUUACUGUUGCACCUCUACUUAUCAUGUACUGUAACAAAGUUACCACUGUGAAGUAACGGUUGGGCAAGCUUCAUAUUUUGUCCAAGUGAUUGUGCUUCCAAAUCACAUAAAAGAAGAUAAUCUGCCAAAACAUCUUUACCCUGUUGUCGUCGCUGAUUAGAAGGUUUCGCAUUACUCCAAAUGUGGCUGCCUGACUUGAAAUGUUGUUUCCUCUUAUUUUAACAUGUCUUACUCCAGUCCUGCAGCAGGAUGUUCGGUACUGUAUUUCCAUACUGGUUUGUGCUUAGUUCAGCUAAAUGUUUCUGCAACCAGAAAAACUAUGUUGGAAUGUGAAAUGAAACUAAGAUCAGUGUAGUGGGUGAACUGAAUAUAAUACAGAUAUAUCCGAUGCUAAUGUGAUGUCAGCAGAUGUUGCAACAUGUCCUAGUUUACUAACUCAUUGUAAGGAUUUAGAAACUUUGAAGUCGAACUCGCGAUGUUUUAAAUGUGUCGUUUUCUAACUUUUGUUCAAAAUUAAGCUGUGGAAUAGUUUAGGGUCUCCUCCGCUUUUACUUUUUUUUUUUUUCCUCCCUGAGACCAAUCGGAUAUGUUCUCUAGCCAGUUUAACAUCUACACUCCUGUUGUUGCUUUGUACACUGUAAUUUGCAGUUGCCUUGUAGAAAACCAAAAUAAUGUCUUCGUUAAAGCGGGAAAAGAACUUUAUUUCUAGAUCUUGUCUGUGCUUUUUUUCUUUUCAUAGUUUUAAACUAAUGAGCUCUGGUCACCUAUUCAUUGACUGCCACUAAAUAUAUUUUGAGAGUGCAUUAAUUAUUUUUGGAUCAAACCGAUGCACAAUAUUUAAGUUGAGGUUUGUCCUACUGUUUUAGUAUUGUAAUAAAUUUCUACUGUUUCUCAGCAUAUUUGUUUAUAUUAUAGAGUAUUAUAAUCUGAAAAUACUGAACUAUUUAUUAUAGCUGCAUAGCAUAUCAAAUUAAAUCUAAGCGAUAAGCUCAAUGUCGAAGUGUAAAGUUUUCUUCCGUUUUACAUUAUAAAUUGAGUGAUUUUUGAAGUUUCUUCCCAAAGAGAUGCUUUAAAUUUCCGGUCCCUUCCAUGCUUAUUGGCAUCCCUGGUGCAGAUAUUUAAAUAGUUUGCAAUAAUUUAAUCUUUAAUUUCAGUAUUUUCAUUUUAAAGGGGAGAAACUAAUACGGAAAGAUGAAAGAAUAUGUGAAAGUCAGUGGGUUUUAUGCAAGCCAGAAUGUAAAACAUGAAGGGUUUUAACUCAUAAUAGUUAAAUGAUGCCAAAAAUAAUUAGUGUGAGUAAGUAGACUGUUCCUCAUGUUAUCGGUUUCUUUGCCCCAUGUCUGCUGUCUGUGUGAUAUUUUUGCUGUGUCUGUGAUUGUGGCUGUAGCAAAUCCAGUUGCCUUAUGGGGACAAUAAACUUUUCUACUGCUGAUACU